AAGAGACAAAUACAGUGAUCCGGCCAAUCUGUCUACUGUAGUGUUUGUGUCUCAUCUUCAAUUAUUCUCUCUCUCUCUCUCUUACCCGUGACACAGCCCUCCAUUUUCACCGUGGGGUUAGGUAGGGUCCGAGUCGCCGAGGCAGUCCAAUCUUCAGCCACUUCCAUCAUUUCUCUACUUUCUGCUAUGCAAAAAAUAAAGCUAAGCUAUGGCAGCGGCAGCCAAUAAACUAUUCCAAGAACCAAAAGCCCUGUCUACUCAUCUCCCAGAUUAUUAAACUGCUCAAACCAAACCAAGAUCUCUUCCCCCGCCGCUCCGAUGUUUCCCAGGUUGAUUCAGCCACGCGACGCCAUGCUACCCCAGGAAAACAUCCAGCUCCCUAACGCCGCCUCCUACGGUCAACGGGGUGGCGGCGACCCCUGCUUGGUCCUCACAUCCGACCCCAAGCCCCGCCUUCGCUGGACCGCUGACCUCCACGAGCGCUUCGUCGACGCCGUCGCUCAGCUCGGUGGCGCCAGCAAGGCCACUCCUAAGGCUAUAAUGCGUACAAUGGGUGUCAAGGGGUUGACUUUGUUUCACUUAAAGAGUCACCUCCAGAAAUACAGAUUAGGAAAGCAGUCAGGGAAGGAACUUGGUGAGGCUUCAAAAGAUGGUGCGUACCUUUUGGACAGCCCUCGUGCGAGCAACUCUCCUCAAAACUUACAAGCAUCUGACAUUAAUGAGGGUUAUGAAGUCAAGGAGGCAUUGAGAGCACAAAUGGAAGUUCAGAGCAAACUACAUUUGCAAGUUGAAGCUGAAAAACAUUUGCAGAUCCGUCAAGAAGCUGAGAGAAGAUACUUGGCCAUGCUUGAAAGAGCUUGCAAGAUGCUGGCUGAUCAGAUUCUUGGAACAACAGUCACAAACGACGAUGGAGAUGGGUAUGAAGGGAAAGGAACAAAGGCGUCGCCUAAUAAUUCUCAGACCCCGCUGGGAUCAAUUCCUUCACAAUCUGCAGAUGAGUUGGGAGCCCCCGGCAUUGUAGAAUUGACCCCCAAUCUCCAUCAACAGCAACAGCAACAGCAACAGCAAUGCGCUGAUUGCUCCACGGAAAGCUGCCUGACUUCCCACGAGAGUCCCGUAGGACUGCCGUCGCCUCCCGGAGGGAAGAGAGCGUUACUGAAUGUGGAUUCGACAAAUAACUCAUUCAUAUGGGGAGGCGAAUCUGAUUUACACUUAGUACGAGUUAGUUCCCAUGGAAUAGCUGGAUGUGGUGUAUAAAACUCUUCUAAUUAGGUGUUGCCAUUUGACUUUAAUUGCUUGUUUAUUGGGAAAUGGCUGAAACUUACUAGGUCUAACUCAUCUCAAGAUGUAAAUCAAAGCUCAAGAUGUAUUUCUCAUUCAAGAAUGGACCUCUUUGCUUUAAGUCUUUAA